GUGCUUCAUAUUGAGAAACAGUAACUGUAAAAAGUGUUGUUUCAAACAAGGUCUUUCCAGAAACCUCUCCUGCUUUUCAACACUCAAGUGGACUUUAAGUCUUGUGUGAAAAUGACAAGUAGAAGAGUUUUAUGUGUGUUGAUCUGUGCGUUCUCCUUAAGUUGCUGUGCAUCAUCUUUGAAGAGCAAUGUUAAGCCUGCUUUCAACAUUCAAGAACUCACAGUGACUGAGAAAGACUUGACGGAUUGUCGAAACUAUAAGAACGUGUGUGUGAUGGACAGCAGUGACUGCAUCUCCACAGCGACAGAUGGAAUGCUUAAAGUUUCUAGAACUCGUGCUGAGAACUUCGUGAACACAUCCUGUCAUUAUCUUUUCCACGAGAUGUCUUUCACCUGCAGAUGGAUUCAGUUGAAUAAAGACAGAAGAGAAAUCAUCAACACCUUCAUUAUCAGCCGAGCCAAGGACAUCACCCACUGCCCCUCCCUUUUAAAUCUCUAUUCUAGUUUCUAUUUAACCAUCAAAUCAAAGAAUGUUUUCAACCAAAACGUCAUAUUCUCUGCUGUCUAUAAAGUGAAACUUAAUGAAAUAAUUCAGACUCCACGGCCGGUCAUCACGUCUGUUAACACCACAGACACGUCACUGACCAUCACAUGGACCAGUGGUAAAGGUACAAUUACCAAAUGCCUCAUCCGUCACAAACAUCUCAACGAGUCAUGGACAGAGACGGCCGUUUUUCCCCCAUCUGUCGAGUCUCUUAUUGAUGGUUUACAGCCCUUCACUGAAUACAGUCUGAGCGUCUCCUGUGUUAAUGGACUCAGUCGGUGGAGCGACUGGAGCGCUGAGACACGAGUGAAGACAUCAGAGAGCCGCCCGACUGCGGCUCCUUCAGUCAGUUAUUAUGUGUCCUCAGAUAAAAAGUCCAGGAUUCGACAGCUGUGGCUCCUCUGGAAGGCUCUGGAUACCAAAGAUGCUCGAGGGCUCAUUCGAGGGUAUGAAGUGUCUUACACGCCCAUCAAACAGCCUUCUAUGAGACAGGUUGUUUACACAUCUGAUCUGAAGACAGUUGUAUCGAUAAUGACUGAGGAAUAUGAUGUCACUGUAGCCGCGUAUAACAGCGCUGGACAGUCACCGCACCGGCGAAUCCGAGUUCAUGCAGAUCUUCCUCAAGAUGUGCCGGCAGUGAAGGGUCUCUGGGUUUAUUCUGAGGGUCCCUCACUGCGACUUCACUGGGAACAUGAAUUCACCGCGGUAAAUGUGAGUGAGUUUGCCAUCGAAUGGCACUGUGCCGAAAACAAAGACUCCAGCCGCUGGGAACGAGUGAACGGCUCCACAUUUACAACCAUUCUGACAGGCAUCAGACCAGACGAGAUCUACAACAUCAGUGUUUACUCCGUUUCUGACACUCUCUGCAGCCGUUCCACAUCCAUCUCUGCUAAUCUACAGCACGGCACUCUGUUGGAUCUUGUGCGGUUUCGCCUUGUGAACGUGACUAAAUCAUCGGUGUCAGUGCAGUGGGUUUGGCAGGAGACAAAGUUGAGCAUUAAUGUGCUUCAGUACAGACUCGUGUUGAAAGGGAAACAUGACUCACAGUCUCUCCGAAUCUUUCCAAAUACACAGCAGCACUCGUUCUACAAUCUUCAGGCAAACACCAGAUACUCGGUGUUUAUACACGGAGAAACCACGACUGGAAAUUUCUCAAAGGCCAGUUUAGAUGUUAACACGCCACUUCUAGACUAUGAGGAGAUCGUAAAAUUGGCUGUUCCAGUGCUCUUCCUGGUCCUUGGCUUUGGAAUAUUCUUUAUAUUAACUAGGACUGUAUGGAAGGAAUAUUUCUUCCCAAACAUUGCAAACCCCGGCCACAGUCUGAUUGGACGCUGGCUCCUCAACCCGCAUUAUGAGGGCAGCGAUAAGAUUUGUGUGCAGCAGUUGGAUAAUUUUUUCGUGGUGGACCAACAGACAGAGAGGAACAUCAUACAUGUUGAACACUGCAUGUCUGUGGUUUCAGAAGAUGAGGAUUUGAUUCCAUCGAAGAUCUGCUCAAACUGUGAAGGUACAACUCAAACCUUGUGGAAGUCCAAUUCAGACUAUGAAGAAAACACCCAGACGCCAUCUAGUGUGACGGAGUACAUCAAUUGCCCAAUAAUACCUGCUAAUUUGGAUUAUGUUCAAAAUGGACAGAUUCCGGGUUGAGCUCUAC